AUGGCUGUCUACUUGAUUUGCUGCCACAAGACAGCAGUCUUCAGUGAGGCCAAACAGAAGACAACUGUGCAUGAGUUGAAAAAUGUGGUGAUGUGAAUACUGAAGAGGCCACCAGAGGAGCAGCAGCUCUACAAAGAUGAUCAUCUGGUUUAUGAUGGUUAUAGGACUUUACUAGACUCUAGCUUGAGCAUUCAAAGCUGAUAUCUUCAUAUUCCUUCCAUGAUGGGCUUGACUUUAUUUAGACCUGGCAAUGGCACCUUUGAACCAUUGUGUAUUGACCCCUUCUCAAGCACUGCAGAGCUACCAGGUGUCAUGAAGUGACAGGAGUCUGGUAGCAGCUCUAGUGAACAAGCCUUAUAG